AUGUCCUCUGGGGCAUGCCUGGAUGCAUGUCUGGAUCACGGUCAUGGUCGACUGACCUAUCGCCUCAUGCAGAUGCUCACCGGACAUGGAUGCUUCGAUGAGUAUCUGCACAAGAUUGGGGCGGUGGCGACGGCGGAAUGCCAACAAUGCGGCACGGGGCUAGACUCCGCGCAGCACGCUCUUGAAGAGUGUCCCUCGUUCGCCGGUGAGCGAUGGGCGCUCAAGCGCGUCGUGGGGUGGGACCUCUCGUUACGGGCCGUGGUGGAAGCCAUAGUUUGCGACGGGGACUCGAGGAACGCCGUGGCCUCCUUCUGCGAGGAGGUGAUAAGUCGGAAGGAGACUGACGAGUGGGAUCGGGAAAGAACCGAUCCCGCUCGUGGCAUAAGGUGGGCGGAGAGGAGGGCUCAGGUACGUCGGUGUGCUGACGCCUCUGCGGUAGCCCUGCCUCUCCCGGAAGGGGGGAUUGGCACGGGUGGCCCUAGGGCCCCAUAG